CGCAAACUUACGCCCCUCUUUAGGCUCUAGACUCUACAGUAGUCGCUGCUGGGGUGGUCGCCGGGGUCUGUUAGACGCCCAACCCGAAGGGCUUACAGCGAUUCAGGUGAUCUCCAUGGAACCAUGAAUGCUUUAGCUGCGUCUUAGAGAGUCCCCGUCCAUGUCUAUGGGUCGCUGGCGUGUUGGAAGGGGCCCACCCUGUCCGCGGACCGUUCUUCGACGGCGUUUCUUUUUUAUGACCACUACUGUAAUUUCUUUUUUUACCAACUCAAUCCAUGAAUAUUAUUCGUAUACAUUGUUCUUUUUUUUGUCUUUCUUUUUCUUUUCCCUUCCGUUCUUUACAUUUAUACUCCUCCAGUGCCCAGCUGGUGCUGACGCUGAUGAUAAUGCCCACAACGUCCAUUGCCCCAUCUUUCCCAACCGUAUCAACCAAUCCCCCUCUGCCCGGUCAUCGCCUACCGAUGGAAUCUGGGAAUUAGUUCAGUACGAUAAUUAAUUACCCGCGUGGUCAUUAUUAUGUAUUAUUAUUAUUUUCUUCACUUACACCAAUAGCAAUCGUCUCUCUACCUGAAUAAUGGCUAGUGAAUUGUCCGCGGUACCUCGAAGAAUGAGGAAAUCCCAUAGGACGACAACAUUCAAAUUUACAGGUUCUAGCAUAUCCAUAGACCCAGUAGACCCAAGGAAUUGCCCUGUUACAAUCCCUUGAGAUCUUCAUCUGCGAAUCUUCCCGCCUUUCCGCUUUCCGCCAGCCGUGGAACUCCCACCCUGCAUCUCGUGUAUUUUGACGCGCUUGACCCAACCGUUUCCUUUUUAAUUUGUUCUCUGGGGGAUUUUUUAUUUAUUUAUUUAUUUUUUUUGCCUCCCGGACGGACCGGCGAGACGGCGACCCAAAGAACC